CUCGCCCGCCACUUCUCGGGCGGCGUGCGACACCUGCACCCGCUCGUCCGCCCACCACAACUUUCGCCUACCCGCGCCGAUGCAAUAAAAUAAACUUUCCGUUAAAAGUGCGUGAGGGAUUUUAUCGGACUUGAACUUAAAUUAUUUUUCAGUGACAUUUUCGCUACUUCUGUGUUUUGUUAACAAGUUCGGAUGUUAAAAGUUCAGAUACGCAAAUGAGCCGAGUACCAGGAAUUGCAAAACAGAGAAUUAUUAAAUUUCAUCAUGAUUUACCGUCCAUAGUUCUGUGCUAUAAACAGUAACAUUUUGUUGAAGUGUAUCUGAAGUAACUGAAGUGACUGUUGUAAAUAAAGUGCAGUAAAUGUUGGGGCGGGAGAGUCUGUGUGGUGGGAGGGCACGUUGAGCGUGGAUGGUGUUGGUCGGGCGUCGGGUAUGGCGGCGCGGUGCGGGGGGGGGCGGGGCGCGGGCGACGGUGAGGCCGGGGCGCGGGUGCGCGAUGCGCGGACGCCGGUGGGCGGCGGCGGCGUGCGCGGCGUGGUAUGCGUGGUGCACGUGCGCGGUGCUCGCGGCGACGAGCGCGGGCCGCGAGCUACGGGUCCUGCAAGCGGACGCGCGCACCGCGUUUUACGUGGGCAUCGCCGCGCCGCCCUCGGCCGCCGACGUCGUGCGAGUGUUCAACCGCUCGCUCGCCGACAUCUCUCACACGUACCUGGCCGGCGACUACCCACUCCAUCUGCGCAACAUCUCGCUGCUGCCGCUGUACAUCGAGCUGCCAGAAGAUGAAAAGUUCGGUGUUCGGGUGCUCGAGCGCACAUGCUCGGCGCUCGACGGGCGGCGCGUGGCGGCUCUGCUUGUGUGCGGCGGCGGCAGCGCGGCCGCGGCGGUGGUGACGGCGGCCGCCCGCGCAGGCGUCCCCGUGCUGCGCGCCUCGCCCUCUCACGUGCACCUCUCCUACACCAUCGCCAACGAAUUGCUUCCACUAGAGAUUCGUCUGGAAAUCACUGCUCGGGAAACUUUACACGCACUCAGAGCCACACUGCUGCACACCCACUGGCACUCCUUCACUUUGCUAGCAGAGGAAGAUAUUUACACCACGCUAUCUCUACGGAAAGACUUGUCUUCAAUAGUAACUGCUCCGCCUUUAGAUCCAAAGUGGUUAUCGCUUCCAAAAAAGUUCUCGCGUCAUGUUCUUUUCAGGCGGCUAGCUGAGAUAUCAAGGCUGACCCGAGGCGUCGUUGUCUUGAUAUGUGAUGUCAAUUACGCUAAGCUCGUUAUGGAUGAGGCCAAGCGUCUUAACAUGCUCGAAGGAAACUUUUUCUGGCUUUGGCUAGAUGCUUCAAAAGAUGUUGAUAUCUUUCACAAUAUAAGCAACAGAACCCUUUAUAACGAAGAUAACGAUCAGGAUGUUGAAAGCUUAAGGGAUAAUGAUGAAGCACUAGUAUACGAACGCUUUGACCGCAGCAAACGAGGCGAUGCUGACAAUAAUACGAUAGAAGAUCAAAAAAGCCCCGACACUUUGAUGAAAAUUGAGAAAGUUGUAGAUGAAGAUUUUAUCGAUGAUGAAUUUUAUGUAAAAAAUAGUUCUAUAAAUUCAAAAGUUCGUCGUAAUAUUAAUAUUUCUGAUACACACAGUGUAAACAAGAAAUUAUUAUAUGUAAAUUUUAGUCAAUCGUAUAGUAGUAAUCGCAAUAUUAGUUCGGGAAGUAUGAGAAAUUAUAAUGUAAAUAACAAAGGCGUUGAAACUUCUAAAAUCGAAAACAAUUCAAUUGCGAAGGGAAUGCCCUUUCAUAAUAGAAAUAAUAGUAGGCGUAAUAGUUAUAGAGAAAUGAAAAAUGAAUCUUUUAAUAAAUAUGUAAAUAGCAUAGAUGUAGAUGAUGUGAAUGUAGCUAAACAUGUAAUGUUGGGUCAAGAUGAUAGUACUAGCAAUGAUGAUAUUAGAGAAAUAAAUGAUAGCAUAGGUUUAUCAAGUGAUAUUAGAGAUUUCUUAAUGAAUCCCAAGGUGCAUGCGUCUUCUGUGCAUAAUUUUAAAGACAAGAAAACUGAAAAAAGAAGUCACAAACACUUUAAGAACGAGGAAGUAAUAGACAAAGAAAGAGAAAAUAUUAAAGAAAACAUAACUGUGAUCUUCAAGAGCCUUCCUAUCGGACUACUGGCUUUACAUCCACAACCAGUGAAAAUAGAUCGGGCGUUUAUACGUGCAGCAGUGCGAAUGACAGUCGGUGCACUGCGGCGCGUGCUCCAUGCUUGUGACGCGUGGUCUGCCCAAGCGCAGUUCUUGAGUGAUGCCACCGCGUCCUGCUGGGAGGAACCCAGCGAUGCUGCUGCUGACUUCUCUACUGAAUUUGUGAGAGAGACACGAAUAUCUUCAGCGGCGGCACUCGCCGGAGGCACGGAGCGACCAGAGCGAUCAUUGACAGCUUCAUUUGCUCUUUUGAAUUUAGUAUCAGGUCACGACGGAGAAAACACGUGGAGACAAGUGGGCCACGUACUCGGUCGCAGUGUAAGACUCCACACCAUCGUAUGGCCAGGAGGGAAGCUUGUAGCUCACGGACAAUCCGAUGGUGCCCGCACUAUAUUCCGCAUCGUCACAGCAUUAGCUCCCCCUUUUGUUAUGGAAGGUGAGCUCGAUGAAGACGGCCAAUGCCUCCGGGGCCUUCUAUGUCACCGGCCACAAACGUCCGACCGAGAUAACCUAACCCUUGCGUUCAAUGAAUUGGAAAGGGAAAGCGAUCAAGAUGAUUUUUUCUUCCCCACGUCAAAGCCCGUACUCACCAAAAUGGAAACGCAUUGUUGUUACGGACUUGCAAUGGAUCUUUUAGAGAACAUAGCUCAGGAACUAGAAUUUGAUUUUCAUUUAUAUAUUGUAGAAGACGGAUUAUAUGGAUCCAGAAAACUUAUCAAACCGUUCCAUCGAAUAUUUGAAUAUAAAACGGUAGCGAGCGAGUACGCCCCAAUAAAUUACCAAAGUUACCGUUCACAAUACCGUAACGGUUACAAAUCACUAGAGGAAGAUACGGAAGAAACGCCAUAUCUGUUUGAUAUUGAGCCAGAUGAAAGUGUUGAAAAAUGGAAUGGCAUUAUUGGAGAUUUAGUGUCCGGAGCCGCGCAUAUGUCGUUUGCAGCUCUCAGCGUAUCAGCAGCUAGAGCAGAAGUCAUUGACUACAGCCAACCAUACUUUUUUAGCGGAGUGUCAAUACUAGCUGCUCCUAAUCAGCGACCCGACAUACCACUACUUGCAUUUCUUCUACCAUUUUCACCAGAGCUGUGGAUCGCUAUAUUUACAUCUUUAAAUGUAACAGCGAUAGCUGUAGCCAUUUACGAAUGGCUUUCUCCUUUUGGUUUAAACCCUUGGGGCCGACAAAGAUCAAAGAACUUCAGUAUUUCCAGUGCUCUGUGGGUAAUGUGGGGACUAUUAUGUGGACAUUUAGUAGCAUUCAAAGCCCCAAAGAGUUGGCCUAAUAAGUUUCUGAUAAACGUUUGGGGAGGUUUUUCUGUGAUAUUCGUUGCCAGUUACACUGCCAAUAUAGCCGCUCUGAUUGCUGGACUGUUUUUUCAUAAUGCGGUCGAUGAUUACCAAGGUCGAAGUAACUGGCUGUCUUUGCGAGUGGGGACGGCCAGGUCGUCGGUGUCUGAGUACUACGUUCAAAGAAAUAAUCCGCAGCUGGCGCAACAAAUGCGUCGUUACGCCCUUCAAGACGUUGAAGAAGGCAUUCAUAGACUCAGGAAUGGUACAUUGGACUUAUUAAUAGCUGACUCUCCUGUCUUGGACUAUUAUCGAGCCACCGACCAUGGCUGUAAGCUACAACGCAUCGGUGAUCAUCCUCUCGCUGAAGAUGCGUAUGCUAUUGGAAUGGCAAAAGGAUUUCCUUUAAAGGAUAGUAUAUCAGCUGUGAUAGCUAAAUAUUCAUCGAACGGUUACAUGGACAUUCUAACUGAGAAGUGGUACGGUGGCUUGCCUUGUUUCAAACUCAGCCCAGACUAUGGAAUCCAACCAAAGCCACUCGGUGUGGCAGCUGUUGCGGGGGUAUUCAUUCUACUGGGAGUUGGCAUGAUCGUGGGCUGUCUUAUAUUGAUCCUCGAACAUUUGUUUUAUAAAUAUACCCUACCCGUACUCCGACAUCAACCCAAAGGAACAAUUUGGAGAAGCAGGAAUAUUAUGUUUUUUAGUCAGAAACUGUACAGAUUCAUAAACUGCGUGGAGUUGGUAUCACCUCAUCAUGCCGCCCGAGAACUCGUUAAUACCAUACGCCAGGGACAUUUUACUUCACUUUUCCAGAAAAGUGUCAAAAGGAAGGAACACGAACAGCGUAGACGUCGAAAAAGUAAAGCACAACUCUAUGAAAUGAUUCAAGCGAUACGAAGGGUGCAGCAACGUGAUCACUCGUUAGGUUCUAUUAAAGAACAGGAGCCAGUAGAAACCGAAACUGAAGCAUCAGAAGAAGUAACAGAGUGUAAGUUCCUGUCUCCGUCCCCUGAUGUAUCUAAUCGUUCGCCUCGACAAAGCCGAUCACCUCGACAAUUGCGAUCACCGAGAGGUCGAAGAAAAAGAUGUAGUUUAGCAGGACUCAACGUACGGCGGUUUAGUACUGACUCGGUCUUGAAUACAGAAUCAGUAUCUAAUAUUUAUGAACGCACAAGUCAUAACAUAGGAAGGAGAUUAAGUCGAGAUGUCCUAAACAGCUCUCCACCAGACAUAAAUACUCGCCUUCGAACACCUUCACCAAUGGUUCGGCGCGCAGAAGGAUCCUCCACUCGAUCUUAUCAAGAUGUUUCAAGCACAGACUGUCACACUCCACAAGCUAGCGUAGAGAUUCUAGUAUCUCAAGAUGAUUCGGACUUGCCACCCGCUCCCCCGUACCCUAGAGUACCUCCGAUGGGGGCCAGGUCAGAAUUAUCACUACUAUCAGAAGAGGAACUGAUAAGAUUGUGGCGUAGUUCAGAGCGAGAAGUGAGAGAAGCGUUGUUGGGAGCUCUUCAGGAAAGAAGGGCUAAUUUAGAUCCUAAACAAGAUCCAGGAUGAACGAAAGGCUGUAAUCCGCAUUUGGAAAGGAAUAGGUUUGUGCAGAAUCACUUUUCAUCUCUCAUUGCCGCUCGGCGAGGGAGCGAUAAGGAGUAUCGACCAGAAUACGCCCGUAGUGGUUGAGUUAGUGCCUUUUUUACAUUGUUUGAUGCGGACACGUCUCACAGGCGUUAGUUAGUGAAUCGGUGUUCAUUUCAGUGUCUUGAUAUUAUUAUUACAUUUGGAAGGCUGCCUUACUUUACAUUUAAUUGCUUCUUCAAUAUUUCAUCUGCGUCAAACAAUUUAAAUAAUGGUACUCGGUAAGUAAGUAAGUUACGGAGAUGUUGACGUCCAGUAAAUUGAUAUAAGCUUUUAUUAGACGUAUUAUUAUGUACGAAAUACAUUUGUAGAAUUGGUAUAAUGAUCGUAAACGUUAUAUUAUGAUAUGUGAAUGAAUAUUAAAUAGCUACGACCAGAUAUUUUAAAGUGCUUUAACCUAUAGUCUAGAUCGUGAUAGAUAUUUCAUUCGAGACAUUUAUUAUUAUUCUUAGUGAAAACUUAGAGUUACAAAAUGUAAAGCAUUUCAAAUAUCAAAUUGUGUCGACGUAACGGAAUUUUAUUCAUUGGAAAUGUAAUCUCUGGGCGUUGAAUGGAAUAACAUUGCUAGAAUAUAAAACCAAUUAGAAAAUGAAUGAACGUUCCUAAUUUUACUGUAGCAUAUUUAUUAAACAAGACAAUGAUGGAAUUCAAAGCAAAUGAGACUUUAUUAUUUUACAUGUAUUUGUAAAAGAAAGGAAAAAGAUUUUAUGAAGCAAAUAGAGCCGCGCCGGAGUAAUAAAAGCAAAUUAAUUCUGUAAGGGGACGCCAAGGAACCGGUAAUGUUUGAUAGACGUAUAGUAGUAUGGUCUGAAAGUAACUACCUAUAACAUAAUACAAAUAGAAUUGCGACUUCUGAUCGGAAUUUCUCCGUUCAUACGGCCUGACGGGUGUAUAAAAAUAAGGUUAUCCUUGUAAAUAUCUUUGAAUUUUAUAUAUUUUUCUGGUUCUGAUUUCCCGCUGUAAUUCGAUUGGAUCGGAUUUUUUUAUCCAUUUCCUAGCCACAUAGGUAACGUAAUGCAUUAAAUGAGUUUGAUAAAUGAUUAUUGCGCAUUAGCAUCGUCCCUUAAGAACCGUUACUUUACGAACAAGUUUUGUAAAGCGAUUGAGGAAAAUAGGCGAUGCGAACGAUGUGGGUAACCAUAAUCGUGGCCAAGUGGGGCUUUGCGGUUUCCUUGUACCCUGUUUAAAUACUGUCUAAUUUGUUUAAAGCAUCCCCUUUACGUAAUCAAUGUUAACGAUAUCUUACUCUAUAAAUUAAUUAGUAAUGAAACUAUAUUUUAUAGUUAGGAUAUUAAUGAAAUGAAUGAAACUGCCAAACAUCGGAUUAGGUGUUAAUGUUAGAGUUCACUUCUUCCUAGAUUUGCACCCUCGUAGCCUUUAGUUUAGAUUUUUCUCUCUAUUAUAUCCACACAUAUUGCAUAUGUGUAUUAUAUUUAUCCUAUCCUUUUAACUUCUAUCUUUCAUUAAUAUUCCCUAAUUGGUAAGUCUAACAAAUUAUACUGAAGAAAAUUAAGCAAUAUUUUCCGAAUAGAUUUUUAUACAUACUCUAGGGUAAUGUUAUGUUUAUGAUUCUUUUGUUACUCUACUUUAAAUUUGGUCUAAGUUACAUAAAUCUAAAAAAACGUAAUAGCUGAAUAUAAAAUUAAUGCAUCGUUCGUAUAAAAUCCAGUUUUAUAAAAUUUUGGCAUUAUAUUUUAAUUAUUUAAUGGCUUUACAUUUUUUUUUAUACAAAUUCUCAUCACUAUUUCAAAAUUGUUUAGUGAAAUUAUGUUUUUAAAUGACAAAAUUAUUCAUUUUAAUUUGUGUCACUUUAGAACGAGCACAUUUUCUCACUGACUGAUGGACAGACUAUCAAAAGUGUUCUUUAUUUCUUUAUUUGUUGACAUUUCAAAAGUACCAAUUUGUGGUUUAAUUGGAAUAAAUGAUUUGACUUUGACUUUGUCAUUAUCAUAAUUAAUUUACAAACCCAUAAUUGCAUACUACUAUUAAUAUUUCAUUAAAAACAAAUUAACAACGUACAUAAUAAAUUUUCCAAACCAUAUUUUUGCUAUAAUGAUUAUAAAAUUGUCAUACCAAUAUCCCUACAUUUUCCCAUUUUCAACUUAUUACUUGUACUUUAUUAUAAAACGAAUGCCACCUAUUUUUUAGCUUUUUAUGUUGCUUAAAUACUUAUUCUCCCUACUUCUGUAUCGUUCGGCAAAACAACGAAACUAUACUUUGCAGAUCCUCUACCACCUACUUAUCCCAAUUUCGGACCAACAUAAAAUUCUUUGAAAUAAAUUAAUGGAUUAUAAAUCUAUUGGAUGUGAGUCAUCUAGUGAUAUAUAAAGUCUUAUGCAUUUCUCUUUCUAAAUGGUAGGUAAUGUAAUGUAAAACUAACAAUAUAACAUUGAUUUUAAGUAGUAUACAUUACUAUUGGUAUUUUGUAAAAAGUCGAAAGGGCAUGCUCUAUCAAAUUAUUUAAUUAGGUACAAGAAACAUUGUAAAAGCAAGUUUAUAUUUAGCGGAUUCUAGAAUUAUAUGGAAUACAUAAUUUUCGUGUUCAAUAAUGUCCCUUAUUUGAAAAAUAUACGGUUUUAUGGCUUAAAAUUAAAUUUAAUUGCGGAAAAAAGAUAACAAACAUCAGCAUAUUAUUAACAGUUUUAUGGGAAUCAUUAGGAAGGUAUUAGAUGUGGAAUCCAUUAUUUAUUUGUCGUGUUUAUUACAACAUUAGGCACGGUCCUAUAAUGUAGGAUCGUUAAAGAUAAUUAGAUAGAUACAAAUUGAAUACAUCUUGUUUUAAAUAUGUAUGCUUAUUCUACGAAGGUUUUAACCAAUGUUAAGUAAACGUUUGUAUGUAAGAUGGUGACUGACUUGGGCUAUAUACGAAUAAAUACUGAAUAUCAAUAGAAAAAAUACAUAGAUAUAAGAUGAUUUUAGCAAGCCCGUUGGACCUAAACAAGUAUUUUUACUACUAAAUUCUAGACUAGGUAUUCACGGUACAUUUCUUGGUAAGCUUCAUGACAUGACGUACACGUCACACGUCAGACACGGCUGUGAUGCCAUGUAACAUCAUUGUGUAACAUCAGCACUCUGACGUCAAACGUGUUGACGUUGACGGGUGUUUGACGAGAGUUUCACUUGCACUGCACUUGUUACAUGGGAUUGAACUCAAAUGCAAAUAACGAAAUAUUUGUAGGUUAUGUGUUUCGUUUUUAUGAAUGUUUCUAUGGAUUUCUGGAAUUACAUUGACAGUAGUCUUUAUUAAAGUAUAAGCAAUAAUGCUCAGCGUAUCUCGGGAUAAGCAUGAUUUUCUUGGAAGCCGCUACCAAUUUAAUCAAAACAAAGCCAAAGAAUGGGAAAAAGUAACGGUUCCAUUUUCCUCGUUCGUAAAGCGGGAGACAAAAUGAAUGAUAAUAUUUAUCAUAAAUAUCACCACUAUUAUUGUCUGAAAUUACUACAAUACGAAACUGAGAAAAAACCCAACAAAAUGUAUUGUUUUACUGGUAGCUCCAGGGAAUUCAGUUAUCCAUAUAAAAUCGAGUUGCGUCGUGAAAUAAUAUCACAAUCCGAGUAUAAAGAACUGUGGGGAGGUAUCCGGGUGAUUUUCAAUUUAAAUCCAGUUAUUUCCAGUUAUGGCUAGAAAGCUGGGGUCGAACCAAUUAAAUAACCGAGUCGGUCACCACCUUUAGAUUUUAUCUGUUCUAAUUAUAAAAAUGAAACGCCAAUGUAAUAAGAAGAAAUUAAAUUGAAUAGUUAUUCAAUAUUUUAUCUGUAAAUUAUUGUAAAUAUAUGAAUGACUUAAUAGAUAUUAAAAUUAUAAUAUUAAUGUGUACUUUGGGCAUAUAUUCGUUAAUAGGACAGUGAUAUAAAGUAUUGAAAAUAAUGGAAAUCUGUAUGAAAAAAUAUAAAACUGUAUGAAAUUAUUGAACAAUUUUUGCUCAUGCGUAAUCUAUUACUGUGUGAUUAUAUUCAACUGUUAGGAAUUGAUAAAUAAAGUGUAGUAAGUGCAUAAUUUGUGUAGAUGUGAAUAAUUAUAAAAUAUUAUGUUCUUUAUGAGCGGGUUUAUAAAUCUUUGAAGUAUGUUGGUAGGGUAUAAGAGAAUGAUUACUGUCCUAUUAAUACAUAAAAAGAUGAUUAUAUACUUAGUUGAGAAAAAUAAAAUAUUUGUGCCAACA